UUCACAAACUAUCUCUUUCUCAAAAAAAAAAAAAAAACUUUCACAAACUAUCCAAGCAUAGAAUCCCUAUUACCUUAUCAAAAAAUGGGUACCCUACAACUGAGUUCAAAUGCUUUAUCUUCUUUCUCAACCUCUUUAAACUUCAACUACAUUACCAACUCUCAUAAAACACUCAAAACCUCCAAGCACCCCCACCCCAGAUUCUCUAGAGGGAAAAUCAGAGCUGUUGGCACAAUCCCUGAAAAUGAAUCCCAAUCCACAGACCCAGAGGAGCCACCUUUUGUGGCUUUUGCUUUUGUUAGUUCUGUGUUACUACCAGAUGGAACACCUGAUGUACAUUUUCGAAAAGCAUGUGGUGGACAGAAACUUAGGAACAUAAUGUUGGAUUCAAAUAUUGAGUUGUAUGGACCAUAUGCUAGACCUCUGCUAAAUUGCGCUGGAGGUGGAACCUGCGCGACGUGUAUGGUGGAGAUUAUUCAAGGGAAGGAGCUUCUAACCCCUCGCACGGAGAAAGAGAAGGAAAAACUAAAGAAGAAACCAAAAAAUUGGAGACUUGCUUGUCAGCUUACAGUGGGUAAAAAAGAUUCUACAGGCCUGCUUGUUGUCCAACAACUGCCUGAAUGGAAAGGGCAUGAAUGGAAUUAUGAAAGAAUAUCGCCUGAAGAAUUUGCUGCAGAUUUAGGGUUAGAGUUUGGGUCAGAGUCUUCCUAACACAGUUUUGCUAAUUAAUGUACAUUUCAAAGAAAGAUCUAAAAACCAAUAUAACAUUAUGAGGAAAUGAUGUAAAAAUAUUGCCUUCAAAGGCAUUCAAAGACUCUUCUUGUAUUGUAAUUAAGUCUAAAAUCCAAUUUCAUUAUGGGAAAUUCUCUUAUAAAUUUUCACACAAGUAAGAUUUGUAGUUCAAUUGGUU